GGUCGGGUUGCACGGCUAUGAGGUCAGAGCAUACAAACACCCAUAUAUUCGCUUAGCGGAGACAUCAACCAUGAGCGACGGCAUGGGUCUCGGACUGGACCUGUCGGGGCUGGGCCAAGAGCCCAUGGCGCCCGCCGUGGACGUGACGCAGCUCACGGAGGCCAUCCGCAACAUUCUCAAGGACGCGGACCUUGAGCAACUUUCGCGCCGCAUGAUUCGCAAGCAACUGGAGGCGCAGUUCCAGACGGACCUUUCGAGCUACAAGGAAGUGAUCAACGCCACGAUCUUGGAGGUCAUCGAGCAGCAACAGGCCGACGAAGAAGAAGAGGAAGAGCCUGAACCGAGCGACGAGGACGUGGACGCUGAUGACGAGCAGGAGGAGCGUAUACCUCGCAAGAAGGCGGUCGUCAAGAAGAAGGCGCCGCCUAAGAAACGCAAGCGGAAGACGGAGGGGGAGGACGGCAAGAAAGCUGGAGGAGGCUUCAAUGCACAGCUGAGCUUGUCUCCAGAGCUCGCACAGGUUGUCGGAGCGGAGACAAUGGCGCGGCCGCAGGUCGUCAAAGCUCUCUGGGCCUACAUCCGUGAGCACAAUUUACAGGACCCGAACAAUAAGAAGACCAUCCUUUUGGACGACACGCUGCGUGGCGUAUUCCAGCGAGACUCGUUCACUAUGUUCAGUAUGAACAAGUUCGUCAAGCGCCAUGUGCGUAAACCCGACGACUUGCCGCCAGGCGGGUGGAGUCAGAUCCCGCGCGACGGCGUGUCGAGUGACGAGGACUCAGAAGCGAAGGCUGCGAAGAAGAAGCCGGCUAAGAAGAAGAAGAAAGCGGCUACGACAGAGGAUGGAGAGGACGACGGCAAGAAGAAGAGGAACAGCGGGUUCAAUACGGAGCUGUCGCUGUCGCCCGAGCUGGCCUCGCUCACUGGCAGUGACCGCAUGGCACGGCCUCAGAUCGUGAAGGCAUUAUGGGCGUACAUCCAUGAACACAACCUGCAGGAUCCGGAUGAUAAGCGCACGAUUCUGCUGGACGAUAGGAUGAAGCAGGUAUUUCAACGGGACUCGUUCACCAUGUUCAGUAUGAACAAGUUCAUCAAGCGCCACGCACGCAAACCCGACGACGUACCGCCAGGCGGCUGGGCCGAGAUCCCGCGCAACGGACUGUCUAGUGACGAGGAUGAGGCCAAGACCAAGAAGAAGGCACGGAAAGACAACUAAGCAGUGAGCCACUGUGGCAUGCUAACCCAAAGGUGCGAGCGGCUGCAUCCGGCAUAUCAAACUAACGUGAUUCUUUUGUAUAAAUGCAUGGGCUGAUGAGUUUCGACGUGCUAAAUUGUGGUGUGCAUGCAAUACUGACAUGUUCGCCAAAAACUUGACCAGCUUGACGUUCACCUCAAUUUCAAUUAUUGCCACAAUAAUUGUUUUAACCAUUACGUGGUACACACAGUUUUUUGUGAGCG